GGCCGCCGGCUAUAUAAGGACGACCCCCACUCUCCUCUCCCCACCGCCGCCGCCUCCAGAGUUCAGAGUGCAGACCACCCGCCACCGUCUCCCUCCCGCCUUCAGUCCGGAGAGCUCGCGAAGGAGGAAGCAAGAACAGGCGAAGCGGCGGGAGCGGAGGACCGACGAGAUGCAGAUCUUCGUGAAGACGCUGACGGGGAAGACCAUCACCCUCGAGGUCGAGAGCAGCGACACCAUCGACGCCGUCAAGGCCAAGAUCCAGGACAAGGAAGGCAUCCCUCCGGACCAGCAGCGCCUCAUCUUCGCGGGGAAGCAGCUGGACGACGGCCGCACCCUCGCCGACUACAACAUCCAGAAGGAGUCCACGAUCCACCUCGUGCUUCGCCUCCGCGGGGGCGGCUGCAUGAUCGAGCCCAACCUCAAGGCCCUCGCUCAGAAGUACAACCAGGGCAAGCUCAUCUGCCGCAAGUGCUAUUCACGCCUGCCUCCCAAGGCCAAGAGUUGCCGCAAGAAGAAGUGUGGCCACAGCAACCAGCUGCGGUCAAAGAAGAAGUGUAGGUACUGCUGAAGUGCCAUGAAUGAUCAGUUGAAUCGGCUGACUGCCUGUUUAAGCUUGCCAGAAGUGUCAGAGUUUUAAGUAUCUUAAUGUAAUGUUCCUGCUGGAUGUUGAGCGCUGUCUCUUUUGAAAACUUGGUCUAGGGUUCCGGUGCAUGCUCGAGACAUGAUUGUAAUAUGACAACUUAGCGCUUUUGGUUGGAUGGACCAUUUAUCUAAUUUAUCUAUGUGCUGUUCUUGUUGUUUUCGAUCUUGAAU